GGGAGGGAGGAAGGAAGACAAAACAAAUCAGAAUAACCGAGUUGAACUUGUUCCAUCAAUCCAAGAGUUACCAUGUUCAGAACUGAGUCUGUUGAGCCAAGUUAACCUCUGCUUAACUCCAUUAGAUUAGAUCGUCAUAUCUUGCAGCCAUCAUUGUUGGAAACCAAGAAGGAGCCAUCUAUGCUGUGCAAACAUCUCUCUUUUCUUGAACAUUUGCUCAACAUGCUCCGGAACCAUUUUAUCACAGCUUCUCGUGACUUAUUGCUGGCAGCUCGCACAACCCCAAUACAUGGGGUGAUUUUGGCGUUACGGAGAUGCCUGCUUGAAGAACCGGAAGUUGUAUCCUCUAUGUUAGAAGCACAGAAGAUGCCACUCUGGCGUUUAUUCUUUCAGCAUUUGGUGAUGACAAUGAGAGACAUCAGCAAUUUACUCUUGAGCAUGUUGCAAAGUAAUGAAGCAUCAAGCACAGACCAACAUGCUUCAUCACCCUCCUUUGCAGACAUGGGAAAUGCCAUCGGCAGCCUUAUCCGGCUAGGAAAAGGCUUGGAGGAAGAGGAGGAAGAUACGGUUCUUCUCUCCGAAGAACAUAGCCUCAUUUUGACCUGUUGUUGGGUCUCGGUUAAAGAAAUUGGGCUGCUUUUGGGAGGCCUUGCGGAGAAAGUUCUACCUCAGCCACUCUCGGCAGGAUGUCAGCCUCUCCUGCCUCUUCAGGUUGUCCGCAGGGCUUCCAAGGUGUUCCAAGACAUCUUGCUGAAGUGCCGGCAUUGGGGAGCUGUGGAAGGCUGCAGUGUGGGCUUCGCAAAGUUUUGUGCCACUCUGCUCAGUCACCCUAGCCCAAAGCUACAAAACAUCCCACGGACUAUGCUCACAGAGGGCCUGGCUUUGUUAAGCAGCCCCAGAGGAAGCUCCGUUACUCGCAGGGCGGCCGGUUUCCCAAUGCUCUUCCUAUGCAUUGUGACAGGGGAGGGUCCCGCCGAGUCACGGCCUCUUCUGACUCACUGCAUUCAGACACUACUCACCUUGGCCGACCAACCGAUCUCCCACAGCUCAGACCAGACAGUGGAUUUGCCCCAGGUUUCUGCCGUCCACGUGCUUCAAACGUUAGUCCGUGGUUCCAACCUUGGACCUGCUCUGCAACAGCACAUCACGUCCCUGAUGGUGUUGGUUCUCAAGGCUCUAAGCUCCCCUAGUUGGGCUAUGAGAAACGCAGCCAACCAACUUUUCGGUGCCUUGACCGUCCGCCUCCUUGGGCAGAAAUGGAGUCCGGAGGAUGACCGUGCCAAGGAUGGCAUAAGCCCUGAAGCUCUUUUUGGCCGACAUGUUCACCUGAGAAGCAUCCUACUUGAAGAAUUGUCCUUGGCUGUGGAAGUGUCCGUAUUCAAAGGACCCAGAAGAGGGAAAUUCCACCUCUGUCCUUCCCUGUAUGCUGUCCUUACUUUUCUGGCCAAGCUGCAGCCCAGCGGAGACACCCAGGACAGCACUCUCACCUGCUUCUUGGAGCCCCUGAUCCAGCUGUCAGGAAACCCCGUCUAUGCCGUUCGGGUGAUGGCCGCCAAAGCUUUGGUGCCUUUCAUUCCAGUGACGGAUUAUGGAAAGAUCCUUCUGCGGUUGGCAUCCAGAUUCCCGCAGCCGGAAGCCGCUCUGUCCCAUAAUGCAUUGCAUGGAUGUCUGCUGCAGAUCCAGGCUGUGUUGAAUCAAGCUUUGAAGUUCGAUCGGCUGCAUCCAGAGUUGCUGCGGUCCGUGGCCUGCAUGAUGGAAAGCCACAUCUGGUUGCUGAUGGACAUACGACGGUGCCCGUUAAUCUGUGCUGUUUACCUUCAGGUUUUGUCCUUGGUGCUACGAAGCUGUUCUCCAGGUUUUGUGCAGCAAGUGUGGGAGCUGUUGUACGGGGAUCUGGCCAGUCCUAAACCUGGUUUCUCUCCUAUCCAGCUUGGUUCUUCCAACUUCUGCCAGUGUGCUGUCAAUUUCCUAAGCCAAGAAGCCACAAGACAGGAAUCUCCGGAAAGAAUCCGUGAUCUAAGCUUGCUUCUGCAAAAAGGAAAUCCUGACGUGCAAGUUGCUGUUCUAACUUGGUUGUUGGACAACGAGGAAGGGAAAGGCUUGAAGUCUAACAAGGAACUGCAGUUGAUAUUCAUGGAAAAAUUCAAGGAGAUCCUGAAAAACACAGGAGAUCCCACAGUCCUGAAGUUGUACUUGAAAGUUUUUGUCCAUUUGUUUGGCAACGUUGCUGAAGGACAGCCUUUCCCAGAGAAAUUAGCUCUGGAGUGUGGUGAAAUCCUGUUCUCUAUGGUAGAGAAUGACCACCAAGGUCCCGGACUGCGCAGUCAUGCAAUGUGUGCAGCCACAUUGUUCCUCAGUCAACACCCCGAAGGCGGUCCUUUACGGGAACGAUGGAUUGCAAUGGUAGAGCACUGGAGCGACUCCCUUUCAGACGAGGUGCUCAGGAUGGCUGCAGCCAAAGCCGCCCAAAUGGGUGGCCCAGCAUGGAUUUGGAGAGCCCGGACUUCGUCCAACUUCCUCCUUCGUUCCCAGGUUCUACGGCUGAUCGAGGCAGCGAUUCGUCUCCUCCAAGAUGAAAACCAACAGGUGCGCCAUGGGGCUGCUUCCUUCGUCAGCCGUUUGGUGCAGUCACCAUGGCCCGCCCAGCAGGUUCAACCUCACAACAGUUGCCUGCAGCUCCAGAGCUCCAAGGCUCUGCUCAGCCUACUAGAGUUCCUGCUCGAAAACUUUGGGGACCAUCCUUCGACUUUUGCAUCCUUGAUGCACCUUCUCCCCAUGGUAGAACUCCGUGAAACCUUGAUGGAGCUGGAAAGCCAGGGAGUGGUCAGUCUCUACAAAGAGGACGAACCCAACGUCUACACCGAGCCAGCAGUCUUCUCCCAGGUGUUAUUACCCUUUCUACUCCAACUGGUCGAGAAUGCGUCCAUUUCUCAAAAACUUUGCGAGUCGAUACAAUCUUGGCUAGAAACCACUGGAGCUGGAAUCGUCUCCACCAUACAAUUCUGUAAACAGUGGUGGAGUCAAGAGGACAUCCCUUGCCUGCAUCUCAAGGCUUUGUCCUGUCCUGACGUACAUUCUGCGAUUGCGGCGCUGUUGGUGAAAGCUAUCCUUGUGGCCCACGUUCUGAAGAUCUUGGAAACCCAGAACCAGCCCAACUGCACCCCAGGAAUUAGUGUCUCCUCCCAGGAGCUCAGCUGCACCAUUCAUUCCUUAAAGGACCUGCUCCGUCGGCGUGGAAUAGCUAUUAUGGUUAAGAUGGAACCAGAGCAAGCAAGACUAGAAGAAAACUAGUUAAGCACCAAGGAAUUUUAAUAAAACUUUGGUUUUUGUUUUAAAAACAACCACAAUGGGUAGAUCCCAAAACCAAUCCAUUCCUUACAGGAAUGACAAAAUAACUAAGAGUUGGAAAGGAUCUUGUAAGUCUUCUAAUCCAACCUCCCGCUCAUGCAGAAAACCUAUACCACACCUAUGAUGGUGCAGUGGUUAGCUGGCAGUAUUGCAGGC